AUAUUAUUCGCGACGAAUGUGAAUAAAAUAUUGUAAUUAUCUGUUUGUUUGUCGAAUCACCUUGUUUCGAUUUUAUCUAGAUGAAUUAUUAAUCGUUUAUAACAUUCAUGAGUUAAAUGGACAAAACAUCUUAAUUAUCGACUUACUUGUUUGUUCGCCAGUGACUUUCCCGCAGUCUAUUUAGUCUGAUAUCUCGUCCUGUUUUAAUUUAUUCAAUUUAAUUACACGUUUCUGAGUUAAUUAUUAAUAAUGUUAUAUCGAACUACUUAUUUGUCCACCAUCUGUUUUAUCUCAUGGUCAACUUUGUUCGUUAUCGACUCGAUACUUUUAGGCAAGCACCAGGCGCACAAGUUGGUGGACAACAAGCAAUUGUCGAAACCGUUCAAUCAGUCUGACAAGAAGACGUUCCUUCUCGAUACUUACGCCCGUAUAGUCGCUACCAACAACAGACGUUGCCCGAAACGAUUGCGUGACCUCGCUAAGCCGAAGAGGCAGACUUGCAGCGAUCGAAAUGGCGAUUCUAUGAAUUUCGAUCUGAACUGGCACACCGGUAAUGCGGCGAAAGCGAAACGCAGUUCGGAAAAUUCGAAGAUGAAAGAGCUCCGUUAACACCGUCGGUUGGUAUUUCAUUAACAAUUCCUCCGCACGAUUUUUGCAUUGUAUACAGUGUUUCGCAUCUACAUGUUACUUUUCAACAGCAGAUUCUUUGGCUAAUUUUGAGCGGAAUUUUCCUCGGCGAAGAUUUCGAGUUGCCGAUCAUUUUCGAAUUGCAUACGAUCGAAAGAAGUAUUUUCGUAAACCAAGCUUCAGGGAAUCAAAUGGAUACGAAAGCUGCUUCUUCAGUUCAAUUUCGGGUGGAGUUUGCCGCGAUAAAAUUUUAAUUUGAGACUUGGUUGCAAAGAUACAGGAUGUUAAAAUUUAAACAGUUAAACAGAUUACUUCCCUCGACAUUUUCGCUGAAGCAAAUCUCCAAAUUAUCCCGAGAAUCCGCUAAUACAAAA